AUCUGAAGUGACACUGAAAAGCCAUUUAAAGUGCUGAAAGAGAGAAAGACUGAGUGUUUAGAGAGAGCGAUGGAAACAAGAGGGUGAUAAUGAGAAAAUGACUGAAUAAGAGAGAGAAGGACUGAUGGAAAGAGAGAUGGAGAGAGAUGACUGAGGGAGAGAAUAAGUGAGAAAGAGAGGUAUAUAGAGGUUCAGUAAGAGAGGUGAAGAUAGAAAGUGUGUGAGAGAGGAGUGAGAGAAAGAGAGAGAGAGAGAGAGAGAGAGAGAGACAGCGAAUAAGUGGGUGAGAGAGAGACAGAGAGGGAAUGAAAGAGAGAAUAAGUGAGAGAGAGAGAGAGAGAGAGAGAGAGAGAGAGAACACCCCGCUGGUUCCCCUCCUGCAUUUUUAACAGAGUUGUGGAACUUUGCGGGCUGUUGCUAUGACUGCUGGGGUUUAACGUUACAGCGGAGCUUCCAACCGACAACAAAACCGCGGGAGAGGCGGAGAGGAGCGCGAGACCCGCGGCCAGACCCGCAGAGACACAGCCGGACUCAACCGGUGCGGUCAGAAGAGCCUGAGGCGGUAAAAUUGAAGUAAAUUCCGGCCGAAGGUGAGGGAAAAGCGGGGAAAACCGACCAAACAGUAACGCUCACUAAGAGAAGAGCCCGGAUUUAACUAAUUUAUCUAAACAGCUCAAAUCUGAGGUAAAACUGAGAGAAAAACUAUAAUUCUGAGGUAAAGCUGAGAUAAAAGCAGACAUUGUUUGUAAAACUGAGAGAAAAGCUGAAAUUCUGAGGUAAAUCUGAGAGAAAAGCUGAAAUUCUGAGGUAAAACUGAGAGAAAAGCUGAAAUUCUGAGGUAAAUUUGAGGUAAAACUGAGAUACAAGCAGAUAUUUUGAGGUAAAUCUGACAGAAAACCAACCCAGUCUGACGGAAACCCGUUGAAAUCUGAGGAAAAGUUACCGGAAGGCGGUGAAAUCUGGGAGCUCACCGGGUCCAGCCGUGACAGUCGCCGCGGUCGGAGCUGACUGGAGCGCCGCGCUGGGGAUGGAGCAGAGCGGGGAGGAGUAGCUACUGCCCCCGGUCCACCUCACCUCACCGCCCCGGCUGACCCCGUACUGCCACCCGCGCCCACACAUGGCUCUACCUGACCAUCCCAGGAAAGGAAGACAGAAAGUUACCUCUGUUGCACAGGAUAAGUUACCAUCCUCAGAAAUCGCAAGUUAACAGCUUCCCAGAUAUGCACACGGCCGUAAAAUGACGCUGAACACGGAGAGAGAGGGUAAGGAAGCGCUGCGGAGACGAGCGAGCACUCCAAUACCCUCGUCUCACCAGCCUGGGCCGAGAGGGAGAACGCUGCCUGCUGAGUCCCGCCACCCUCCACUCGUCCAGUCUGCCUCCUAUCAACCUGGGGACAAGAACGUCCACCUGCAGGCCAACUGGUCCUCAGACUCUGAGGAGUCGGACAGCUCUGGAGCUGAGUGUCUCUACCGGGUAGUCCUGUUAGGAGACCACGGCGUGGGCAAGUCCAGCCUCGCCAGCAUAUUCGCUGGAAUACAGGAAAAGGAUGCACACCAUCACAUAGGAGAAGACACAUACGAGAGAACGCUGACGGUGGACGGAGAAGAGACCACCCUCGUUGUAAUGGAUACAUGGGAAACAGAGAAGCAGGAGGAGGAUGAGAAGUGGGUUCAGGAUUACUGCAUGCAGGUGGGCAACGCUUAUGUCAUUGUUUACUCCAUCACUGACCGCAGCAGCUUUGAGAGCGCGUCAGAGCUGCGCAUCCAGCUGCGUCGCAUCCGCCAGGCUGAGAACAUUCCUAUCAUCCUAGUGGGCAACAAGAGUGACCUGGUGCGCUGUAGAGAGGUGGCUGUGGAAGAGGGCCGAGCCUGCGCCGUAGUUUUCGACUGCAAGUUCAUUGAGACGUCGGCCUCACUGCACCACAACGUUCAUGAACUGUUUGAGGGCAUCGUGAGGCAGAUACGCCUGCGGCGGGACAGUAAAGAGACCAACGAGCGUCGCCGCUCCUUCUACAAGCGCAAGGAGAGCAUCACCAAGAAGGCCCGCCGCUUCCUCGACAGGCUGGUGGCCAAGAACAACAAGAAGAUGGCCCUCAAAGUACGCUCUAAAUCCUGCCAUGACCUCACCGUGCUGUGAGCUCACUGCUCCGGACCUCACCAUUUUUUUUCUCCUUCUUGUUCUGUUCAUUCCUGAAAGGUUCAGCUUUUAUCUCCAACAAACACUUGGGUUCUGGAUUUGUGUGUUUUGUGUUAUUUGUUAUUUAUUUGAACAAUCUGAGUGGAGGAUUGGACUAUGCACCGCUUUCUUUUCACUUUGAGAACUUUUUGAGAAUCCUGUGGAGAAAGGUUGGUUAGCUGACCGUGAAUCUGAAUUUGGAUAAUCUGGGUAUUUCUUAAACCAAAGAUUUGUUACUUUUUAUAUCACUAAUGAAGUGGGAUGUGUGUUUUUUUUUAAUGUUGUUGGACUUUUAUCAGCAUUUGCCUUAUCAUACUGGGGCGACACCUAGGUGAGGUGAUCUAACUCGAGUAGUUGCUUGUUUUUAUUUCUUUCAUUUGAAAAGAUAGGCUAAAAAUAAACUUGCUGUUUGGCCAUGCAUUUGCGUGAACAUCUGGCUGCAUCAUGAACAUAACUGUUCACGUACUUGCCUAUUCGUUGCAGUACUGUGUUACUGGAGGCUUCCAGUGAAGGCCUCCACUUUCCACUGCAGCAAGAACACAUCAUACUGAUGCAGGCAGCCUACGUUAUUUUGACCUUGCUGAGUGCCUGUACUGCGCCAUACUGUACGUACUGCACACGUCACAGACAUACAAAUGCCGGUUACACGAGGCAGCCAUUAUGCAUAAGCCACUGUGUCGAUAACAGCAAGAAUAUCUCUAGCCUGAAGGCCCUUUCACAUCAUGUACAGCUCUCACAAAUGUACACUCUUUCUGUUUCUCUGCUCUUUUAAUUAUUAGGAGUAUAUAUAAUAUUAGUGAGGGAAGUUUGCUUCUCAAUGCACGGCCUUUCAACUCCAGCCCACUACAUAUUUACCUCAGCUCUGCAGUUUUAUAUUCAGACUGAUGAUUAGAGUAUAAGCCUCUGUGUUCUAAUCUAAACAAGAUCAGUUGUUCUGCCAUAUUACAGCAGAGAUUUACACAGACAGUAAAGUAAAUUAAAACAAUUAAGCAAUGUUUCAAUCUGUCAGUUUAGGACAAACCUUAAAUUCACUACUCAACUAAGUAAAGAAAAAAUACUUUAAGGAAUAAAAAUCAGUCAAUCAGAAAAAAUGUAAGAACUCGCAAAGGCCAUCAAAAACAUUAUGAAAAAAACUGUCAGGACCACCCCAGGAAAGGAAGAGCAAGAGUUACAGGGGUUGGACAGUGAAACUGAAACACCUGUUAUUUUAGUGUUGGAGGUUUCAUGGCUAAAUUGGAGCAGUCUGGUGGCCAAUCUUCAUUAAUUGCACACUGCACCAGUAAGAUCAGAGUGUGAAGGUUCAAUUAUCAGGGUAAGAGCACAGUUCUGCUCAAAAUAUUGCAAAGCACACAGCAUUAUGGGUGACAUACCAAAGUUCAAAAGAGGACAAAUUGUUGAUGCACGUCUUGCUGGAGCAUCUGUGACCAAAACAGCAAGUCUUUGUGAUGUAUCAAGAGCCACGGUAUCCAGGGUAAUUCAGCAUACCACCAAGAAGGACCAACCACAUCCAACAGGAUUAACUGUGGACGCAAGAGGAAGCUGUCUGAAAGGGAUUUUCGGGUGCUAACCCGGAUUGUAUCCAAAAAACAUAAAACCACGGCUGCUCAAAUCACGGCAGAAUUCAAUGUGAACCUCAACUCUCCUGUUUCCACCAGAACUGUCCGUCGGGCCAAUAAAUUAUUGUGGUCUAAAAGCAGGUGUUUCAGUUUCAUUGUCCAACCCCUGUAUGUUGCACAAGAUAAGUUCAUCAGUUACCAACUCCAGAAACCACAAGUUAACAGCACCCCAGAUAAGAGCCACCUAAAAGCCUCACAGAGUAUUUUGGUUUGUUUAACAGUUUUAAGUUACUACAUGAUUCCUUAUGUGUUCCUUCAUAGCCUGGAUGACUUCCAAACUUUUAACUGAUACUGUACGUGUGUUAUUUUUUAAAACUUUUCACCUUUUUUUGCAUAAACUUGGUGUGAAAGGGCCUUAACACAGAAAACAUGAUCCUUUGUCAUUUUUUUUUUUCUAAAAAAGCCUUUCUAAAAAUUACUUUGUAUACACUGAUGUCAUUUGCUACGAGGAAAAGCACUGUCCAAAGAGGCACUACAGGAGAGACCACUGUGUUCAACUGAACAAUUUUGCACUAUGUUCGUUGUUUCACUGAACUGACCCGUUUGAAUCCCAGACGACACUGUAUCUGUAAAGCUAACGAGUAAAAAUGAAAAUUUGCCUAAAGCUGUUUUCACACUGAAUGUGGAAAAUUCACCACUGCGCUUUCAAACACAUUGUUUUCAAUUGGAUGCAUGAGACGCAUAAACAAAGUGCACAGCUGACGUCCAGCUUUUGCGUGCUGCACUUCAAACGAGUCUCAGCACAGCAGCCAGUCGUAGAGCAGCUAACCUGCCGGUUUCAUACAGCCAGUUGGACCCAUAUGGAGACGAGUACACGUUCCCCCGAUUGAUUUCUAAAUAUACAGGACUACUGUAUGUUCAGGAUUUGUUUAAUAUAAUAAACAAUUAAAUAAAAUGCACUUUGGAUAAUG